UCUCUCCAGUCUGACUCUGAACUGAUCUACUGUUGCCUCGCUAGUUCUCAGGUGGUGUUGCGACCAGACAGCCAGUCUCUCCGCUUGUUGUUUGGUACUUUUGGUGAACUUUUAUCGCCGGCGUGUGUGCUGCGUUGCGCAUCACUGCUCGUGAGUGUUUUGAAAAACGUGCUGCUGCAAGAUGGACUGAAUUGCAACAACAUAGCAAGUGUGGAUACUUAGGAAAAGAAGAGUAUUUCUGUAGAGAGCAACCUUUCUGAGGGUUGAAUUACCAUCAUGGAAGAGGACGACGGUCAUCAUGAGAACGGUAUCCACGCCACCAAGGACUCGGACCGACAGCAACGGCUCAGGCUUUGUGUUUUAAAUGAAAUACUCAACACUGAGAGGGACUAUGUUCGGACAUUGCUUUUCCUUCAGUCGGCAUUUUUGCAAAGAAUCCGACAAACUGCAGAUGACCAACAGUGUCUCUCACCAGAUCAUGUCAAGAUUCUGUUUUCAAAUAUUGAGGACAUCCUGGAGUUGCACAAAGAAGUGUUGUCUGCAUUUGAGGCCAGUCUGCAGCCCGAACCCCACCCACAGCAUGCACUGGGACAUGUGUUCCUCCAGUUUAGGGGGAGUUUCUCAGUGUACGGCGAGUACUGCAGUAACCACGAGAAGGCUUUUCGGCUUCUCAUGGAGCUAAACAAAAUCCCCAACAUCAGGACCUUCUUGCUGCACUGUAUGCUACUCGGAGGGAAGAAAAGCACAGAUAUUCCUCUGGAGGGUUACCUUCUCUCUCCCAUUCAGAGGAUCUGCAAGUACCCUCUGCUGCUGAAGGAGCUUCUGAAGCGGACCCCUAAGAAGCAUGCUGACUAUCCUGCAGUAGAAGAGGCUCUGCAGGCCAUGAAGGCUGUCUGCUCCAACAUCAAUGAGACCAAGAGGCAGAUGGAGAAACUGGAGGCUCUGGAACAGCUGCAGUCCCACAUUGAGGGCUGGGAGGGAACCAACCUGACAGAUAUCUGCACAGAGCUGCUGCUUCACGGAAAUCUCCUUAAAAUCUCAGCAGGCAAUAUCCAGGAACGUGUCUUCUUCCUGUUCGACAACCUUUUGGUUUAUUGUAAGAGAAAGUCCAGGGUUUCUGGAAAGAAGUCCACCAAGAGGACCAAGUCUAUCAACGGGCCCCUCUAUGUGUUCAGAGGCCGAAUCAACACUGAGGUGAUGGAGGUGGAAAAUGUGGAAGAUGGAACAGCGGACUACCACAGCAACAACUACACAGUGACUAAUGGGUGGAAGAUCCACAACACUGCUAAAAACAAGUGGUUUGUCUGCAUGGCCAAACAUGCAGAGGACAAGCAGAAGUGGCUGGACGCCAUCUUGAGGGAACGUGAGCAGAGAGAAUCUCUCAAGCUUGGAAUGGAGCGGGACGCCUAUGUGAUGAUUGCAGAGAAGGGGGAGAAGCUCUACCACAUGAUGAUGACCAAGAGUCGGCAUCUGAUUAAGGACCGGCGCAGGAAGCUCAGCAUUGUACCCAAGUGCUUCAUGGGAAAUGAGUUUGUAUCAUGGAUGAUAGAGAGUGGAGAGAUCAGUAAGCCUGACGAGGGGGUCAACCUGGGACAGGCCUUGCUGGAAAAUGGCAUCAUUCACCAUGUGUCGGACAAGCACCAGUUCAAGAACGAGCAGGUGUUGUACCGUUUCCGCUACGACGAUGGUACCUACAAGGCCCGCAGUGAGAUGGAGGACAUCAUGUCUAAGGGCGUCAGGCUGUACUGCCGCCUUCACAGCCUCCACACGCCUGUCAUCAAGGACAGAGACCACCAUUUGAAAACCUUCAAAUCUGUGGUGCCUGCCAGCAAACUGGUUGACUGGCUACUUUUGCAGGGAGACUGCUCGACCCGAGAGGACGCUGUGACACUGGGUGUGGGGCUCUGCAACAAUGGCUUCAUGCACCACGUCCUGGAGAAGAGUGAGUUCAAAGAUGAGUCCCAGUUCUUCCGUUUCUAUGCGGACGAGGAAAUCGAGGGAACCAGCACCAAGAGCAAGCAGCUCCAGCGCAAUGACUUCAAACUCAUCGAAAACAUCUUGGCAAAGUCCCUGGUGAUUCACCCUGAGGAAGAAGACUACGGCUUUGAGAUUGAGGAGAAAAACAAGAGCGUUGUGGUGAAAUCUGUCACCAGGGGCUCACAUGCUGAGAUGGCUGGCCUGCAGGUGGGCAGGAAGAUCUACACCAUCAAUGAGGACCUGCUGUUCCUCAGGCCCUUCUCCGAGGUGGAAACCAUGAUCAGCCAAGCCUUCUGCAUUCGACGCUCCCUGCGGCUGCUGGUUGCCACCAAGGCCAAGGAGAUUAUAAGGAUCCCUGACAACCCAGACAGCCUCUCUUUCAGACUCUGUGGUUCUGCCCCUCCUCAUGUCCACGCUGUCAGGAAAGGCGGGGAGGCGGUGGGGGCGGGUCUUCAGCCUGGCCAGGUCAUCCUUAAGGUCAGCGGCAACAACGUCAACCACAGUGACUACCAGGAGGUCCUGGAGCACUUCACCGCGCAGCACACACACCAGGAGCCUCCCCAAGCGUGUCAGUGGGUGUAUCGCACAUUUGAGGAUGUGGAAGAGCUCCAAAGGGAAAGAGGCGCAGGUGAGAAGGAGAGCCCUUUCAGUCCUUAUCCAGUGGAAAAUGGUUCUGACCACGAGGAGGAGAACGGCACCAAUGGAACAGACCACCGGUUUGGCAGCCUUUCCCUCUCCGAUGAGUUGCCUCUGGUUAGUAUGACGGUAGAUAACGUCCAUCUGGAGCAUGGCGUAGUCUAUGAAUAUGUCAGCACUGCUGGCAUCAAGAGCCACGUCCUGGAGAAGAUGGUGGAGCCCAAAGGCUGCUUCAGCCUUACUGCUAAGAUCUUAGAUGCAUUUUCUGGCGACGACAGCCUCUUUGUUCGCAAUUGCAGCCAACUUAUCUCACAGAGUGACCGAGUUGUUACCAUGCCUCAGUACGAGUUCAGACAAAUCUGUGACACCAAGUUGGAGAGUAUCAGACGACGUAUAAGCAGCUAUCAGCAGUUUGCCCUGGAGCUUAAGAACAAGGCAUGGCCCUCCUUCAGGCAGGCCGGUGUUCACCCUCACCCACUGGGCUGCAUGGACUUUGUUCCCAUCAACUGCCACGUCAACUUGAUGCAGGUCUCUUACCCAAAGAGCACUACCACUGCUGGAAGGACUUUCAGCAUCCGCUUUGGGCGCAAGAACUCUAUGUUUGGCCUGGAUCCUGACCAAGCACAACUGAACCCCAUGUCCCACACCCAGCAUUGUUUGACCAGCAUGGGAGCUCCUUCCUGGAACUGCUCUGGCCUGGAAGGGGACGAGGCAGACGGCAGCGGGGAGGUUACUAUGGAUGGAGGCGAGGGGUUGAUGGACAGUCGGCGGGGUGGCCACGGAGAUGGCGGUUUGAGCUUCCUGCUCAAACAGGAAGACACAGAGACCCAGGACUCCUACAUUUCCUUGCACAGCCGCCUGGAUGUUGCUGUAAGGGAGAUGAGGCAGUAUGUUGCUCAGAUUGAUGUCCUCUUGUCAUCUAUCACCGAGCCCACGCAACUCCUGGUUGAGGGUGGGGAGCCUCCGGUUUACGAGUCAAGUCAGCCACCGUCUCUGGCCCCCUGCGAGGAUGGCUGUGACCAGGACAAAGUGGAGCAAGGCGGCAUUAAAAGGGUCUGCUUCAAGGUAAACGAGGAGGACCAAGAAGACUCGGGACAUGACACAAUGAGCUACAGGGACUCCUACAGUGAAUGCAACAGCAACAGAGAUUCAGUUCUGUCCUACACCAGUGUGCGAAGUAACAGCUCUUACCUGGGAAGUGAUGAGAUGGGAUCAGGGGAUGAGCUGCCGUGUGACAUGAGGAUUCCCUCGGACAAACAGGACAAACUGCACGGCUGCCUCGAGCACCUUUUCAACCAGGUUGAGUCUAUCAACGGCCUACUCAAAGGACCUGUCAUGACCAAGGCCUGUGAGGAGACCAAGCACUUUUACUCGGACCACAGCCAACCAGAGUUCCGCCAAACAGAAGAUUGGACGGUUCGUUGUCGUUGCAUUAUCCACAAAAACAUCCAGGAGGACCCUUGGAACCUGCCCAACUCUAUCAAAACACUUGUGGAAAGCCUGCAAAGAUUUGUGGAUGAUGGAAAGAACCAGCUUCUCCUGGCUCUGCUGAAGUGCACAGACACGUCUCUGCAGCUGCGACGGGACGUGAUCUUCUGCCAGGCGGCGACAGGCGCUCUGUGCACACUGGCAGAGCAGCUGUUGGCGGCGUUGCGGUCACGAUUCAACAACGCUGGCGAGUACCAGGAAGACGGCAAAGAGACCAGCCGCAAGUGGCUGGAGCAAAUAUCUGUCAUUGGCGUGCUGCUGCACUUCCAGUCCACGCUAGCACCACACCUGAAAGAGGAGCGGACCAUGCUGGAAGACACCAAGGCAGCCCUGUUGGACUUGGACAAAGUCACUGUGUUCUUCAGGCAACUGGAGGAUGAGUGUCUAGUAGCAAACACGCCAGUGUGUUACCAGGUGGACGGCAGCCGCCAGGCCUUGAGGGUCACCCUGUACCUGGACAGCUGUCACUUCAAUGAGCUGCCCAGUCGGCUGCAAAAUGGAGGCAGCCUCAAGCUCCACACCGUCCUCUUCACCAGGGCACUGGAGCGUCCAGAGGGAGUAUCCCAGCAGGACUACGCAGCCAUGGAGGAUUUCCAGCAGCGCACCAAUGCUGUCUCACUAGAGAAGGUCAAGGCCUACUAUCGCAGACUCAGGGCUUUCUAUUUGGAGAAGUCUAAUCUCCCUACAGACUCAAACACCACAGCAAUGAAGAUAGACCAGAUACUGGGCCUUGAAGUUAGAGACCUUCAACCAAGCAUUUCGAAACUGCUGCGACCCCUCAACACACUGGAUGACCUUUGUCGACUAAUGCAGUCCUACGUCAACGUGCGCUCGAAUGCCCAAGGCCACCCAUCAGGUGUCAGCGUGCUGUGUGUGUCCUCAGAGCUGUGUAACCGCCUGGGAGCCUGCCACAUCACCAUGUGUGGUACAGGCAUGCAGAGAUGUACCCUAAAUGUGACACUGGAGCAGGCGAUGAUCUUAGCCAGAAACCACGGUCUCAUGCCGCGCUGCAUCAUGCAGACCAUGGAUAUAAUGCGCAAACAGGGAGCAAGAGUUGAGCUCUCUGCUAAAAAUCUCAAGGUAAUGGAUCAGAUGACUCCUUCAUUCCCAAGGCUCUUCAAGCUUUGUUUGCCACCCUCAGAUGGAGAUCUCUAAGAAAACAUCACUUCAAAGAAAAGGGCGAAAGAUAGGAUGAGAGAUGACAAUAACAAAAGAAAGCGAGUCUCACCGCUUUCUUUCCAAGAGACAAUCCCAAUGGAAAGACCCUUGCCCCUUCCACUGCCCCACAUACACAGGGAUCACUCCACCAUGGAUACCACUAGAGUCUUCAGUGCAAAGUACAGGCUAAACAAGACUGUACAAAUGACAUUUACCAGGCAGCACCUGUAGUGAGAUGCAGCCUGAAGCUCAAGAUCAGUCAUGUACUGUAAUACUGGGAAACCACCCAGAUAGAAGUAUUAUUGCUUUGGCUGUGUGUCUACACAGCUGGGAUGAACGACUUAACUGGUGCAAACUAUUCACAUCAUAAGUGAAAGGGAGAUGUCAGUUUGAUGCCUUAUACAGAAGACAUCCACAGUGAUCAUGCUCCUAAUGGAGCGCUUAUUAUUAACUGGAUUAACCAAACUACCUAUACCUGACUGUCAUCCUAAAUGCAGAUGUAAUCUGUUUUGCCUUGGACUGCAACUCCAGAGAGCUCUGUCUCUUUGUCUGUUUGGGCUGGUGUUCCCCAGGGCUCAAUGAUUGGAACCCAAGUAAAGUAGAAUACUUGAAAACCUUGGUAUUCUUGUAUGUUGGCUGGCUGAAUAGAUGCAGAAAGUCAAAGAAUAGACAGAGGGAUGGAAGUAGGGAUUGAGGGACAGAUGGAAAGACAGAUGUUAGGUGGGGCUGCUCUUUCUUCAGCCAUUUGCAUGUGGUUACUGUGCAAUUACUGUAGGUUUAGUGUGAGUACUGUAUUAAGGCACUAUAUGAAGGAUAGUUAUUUAUUGUGUCCGGAAUGAGCAUUUUUAUCCCUCACUUAUCCUAUAUCAGGUAUUAAAGAAUAUCCAUGCAUUCCAGCCUACGUAUUGAACAGUAUUUAAAGGACCAAUGGCAUGCCAUUUUUUACAGUAACUGCUUGUGUAUUUUAUUUAUAUGUGUGGACUUUGAUCACGUCAGGAAGUGUUGCAUUGAUCUUCACCGAGAGCAAGGGAUAAAAGAUAAACAGAAGCUUUCUAAUUAGAAUCAGGAAAAAGGAAGCUAAAGCAAACCAUACAAGGCUGCUUUUUCAAAAGCAGCCAAGUCAACAGAUUGUUAAAUUAUUAAUAUAUUAAUUCAAAUGUACUAGUUGUAUUGCAUUCUGUUAACUAAGACAUUUAGAUUUUUAAAUUGGUUUUUACAAUGUCUUGGAACUGUUGUAUUUACUGUAGGUAUUAAAAGGAGCACAACGAUUGGUCCAUUCAAGUUGCAGUGUUAGCAACAAGUACUGUAAUCAGUUUGUGGAUGACAUAAACAAAGGGAUGGUUUCAGGACUGAAACACAGUAUAUUAUUUUACUGAAUAUUUUAAUUUCUUGUACAUACAAACUGUAACCAUGUCAGAGAAAAAAAGAUAGGAUAUGUCGGAGUAAUGCUAUAAAUUAAAUUGGAUUAUUUUUAUGGAGAUACUAUAGUAUAUAAAACAUUUGUAGUCACGACCUCACUGACAACUUGUUGUUUUUGACUGUUAAAAAUGUCCGACGUGCAUUUUAUGAAUCUGUCUCGACAUGCUGCAUUCAUUAGCCGGGUCACUUUUCCUUUUUAUUUAUUUAAAAGCAGCCUGGUUCCAAAUGAGCAUGUUGGAAGAGUCUCAGCACAUCCCUCUGUACUAGCAUGGCCACUGUAAAUUCACAUCACUCCUUUUACAUGUAAAACUCAGCGGAUAUCUGCAUUGUUAUCAUUUCCCUUAUUCAAUGUGCUCUUAAUCUGUGCAGUGUACAUUGUAUAUAAACUCAGAUUGGAUCUAUACCAUACUCUGGUUUCAGGCGCAUUACCAGUUUGAAUUAGCUAAUGACUGCAGCAUGUUGGUGUAGCUGGACAAACAAAUAUGUCGCUGAUUACACAUUUAUUUACAUUAUUCUAAUGUUUUUGUAUAUACUUUAUUUGCAAUUUUAAUUUGCUUGAAAAUAACUGUACAAAGGGUCUUUGUUGAAUCUUUCUAAAAGUAUCGUUGUAAAUGCAUCUUAACAAGCUAGUAAAUAAAAUGUUCAGAG